AUGGAUAACUCGAAAGACGAACAUAUAGAGCCACCACGUAAGAAAAAAAAAACAAAAGAAAAGACCGACUCUAGCCCGUUCACAGUUGUUAUUUUGGACGAUCCAAAGUACGUUGAACCAAGAUCGGUUACUAGAGGAAUUAUAGAAUUCAGAGAGAAACAUUUCUAUGGCAAAAGACUGCCAAGAAAAAAUACCAUUUUAAAUGUUAGUCAAGGAAGUUUUGGUAACACCGCUGCAAUUAGGUUUAAGCGAAAAUAA